AUGCCACCUCCAGUGGACUCAGAACAGAGCAUGAGGCAGGCUCUGGACCGAUUCCGCGACCGGAUGGCCGCGGCAAACUGGACCUUCAUCCAGGAUCGCAUCCAUGAGAUCGAAGCCCGGGGGCUGCUGACCGACAAACAGCGAAUGAGCAAGAUGGCCUCGUACUGCCGACAUUUUGAUGCGCUGGACUGGGACGAGGCGUCCGAGGAUGCCGAUCCCGAAAUACGACAGAAAGAAAAUUGA